GGUGAAGUCUUUGCAGGAUUGAUCACCCCCGCUGAGCUCUUUGCAAAUGCCGGAGUGUGCGCUUCCCUCUUCCUGACCAGCCCUUUGAAGAACUCCCUUUGCAGAGCCCCUUUUGUGAAUACAUUUUCCACUUUGGGGAGGCGAUUUUCCCCCCCCACACGGAGCCAUGUUCCUCAGCCUAAUCAAGGGCCUCGAGAAAAAUGAGGCCAAGGAAGACGUAAUCAACGUGAACAUUCAAAAGUUGCUUGGAGACAAAACAUAUGAGAAGAGGAAAAAGGGGGCGCAGGAAAUCGCGGAGGUGGUGAAACUUUUGCUGCUGAAGGAAAAGGAAGAUGAACAGAUGCAGGUGGAUUACAUAAUCGAUGAGUGUGGCCCAGAUGAAAGGGCGUCAGAUGAAUACAGCAACUUUGCACACAAGGAUGUGCACACAUUUGAGGGGGUGAAUUCGCAGACGGAGGUGGACGUGGCAAACAGUGAGCACUACUUUAGGGACUACACCGAGCAGGGGAAGAGGACCGACGAGGUGGGCGCAGAGCAGGGGAAGACAACCAACGAGGUGAGCAUCGAACAGGGGGAGAAAACCAACGAGGUGAGCGCAGAUCAGUGGAAGACAACCAACGAGGUGAGCGCAGAUCAGUGGAAGACAACCAACCAGGUUAACAUCGAACAGGACAACCAUCGGGAAAAGAGAAAAUCCCGAGAAGUGGAGAAGCGAAGCAGCCUGCUGAAGGAGCCGAGCGAAGAGAAGCUCCUCCUGGGGUCCGAAAUAAUUAAGAAACUCCUCCUGGAGAAGUUCCAAGAGAAUUGCCAUAUUGACGCGGCGAUCGGGAAGUCAACUGGUCUGUUUAACGGCAAGUUUGACCGGGGAAUGUCCGCCAUGACGCCCUCAGAGAUGAUCCAAAUGGAAAAAAAAAAAAAAAAAAAUAUGAACAAGUCAGGCAAAUCAGACGAGUGGAGCCAACUGAGUCAGGUGAAUAAAAUAUUGUAUGAACAUGAUACCGACGUAGAGAACGUCGCGAAUAAAUACCAAAAUAGGAAGGUAAUCAGCAUAAUACAUUUUUUGAAGGAAAAGUUUAUUCAAAGUAUUAACCCCACGGAAAGAUGUGGAGGACUGAUAGCCUUGGCCUUCAUCUCGAUCACUGUAGAUACACAAAUAAAAUUUUACUUCUCCAUCAUUUUGAAGAUAAUCGUGUCAUGCGUAAGUGACCCUGACUCGAAGGUGAGAUACUAUGUGUGCGAAAGUUUGUAUAAUCUUUGCAAAGUGUCCAAAAGCGUAGUUUUUUAUCAUAUCGAGGAUAUUUUUGAUUGCCUGUUUCGCAUUUUUUCCGAUUCUUGUCCAAAUGUCAAAAGUGGAGGAGCCUUUCUUGACAAUUUAUUAAAAGACCUGACUUGUUCAUACAAUAAUGUUUUUAAUAUUUACAAAAUUAUUUUCAUUUUGAAAGAAAGGAUUGGCAUAGAAAAUCCCAACGCGAGGCAAGUCAUCCUAUCUUGGCUGCUCCUCUUUCAGAAUAUCAAAACGGUUAACCUAUUUGAGUACUUCCACUUCUUCAUUAGUGACCUUUUUUUUAUGUUGGCAGAUCAAAACAGAGACAUUCAAAGGCAAGCAAAUCAAUGUCUCGAUUUGUACGUUGAUAAAAUUAGCACUUCAAAUUAUGAACAAGUCAGGUCAUUUUUUAAACACAUCGCUUUUAUUUUUAUUGAAUUUUGUAUUCACAAAAAUACCAUUAUAAAGCAUAAGUGUCUCCUUUGGCUUUAUUAUUUCAUUCAAAUUUUAAAUGUUCAUUUUUAUAAUAUCUUUAGAAGUGUAAAGAAAAAUAAUUUUUUCCUUUGCGAGUUGAUUAAAAGGAUUAUCGCCUGCACAGCUCAUCUGCAUUUCGACAUCCACUACACUGCUAGGAAGUGCAGCGAGCUUCUGAUCAGCUUCAUCAAAUUUUCGCAGAUGAAGUGCGCGCCGCUUUUGACCAAGCUCGUGUGUGCCAUCAUCUGCAGCACCAUCAGCAAGGUCGAGCUCUCCGGGCGGAACGAAGGCACCCACGGGAGCGAAGCGGGGGCGGCAGAGCAGACGGGCGGAAUGGGGGCGGCGAACCGAACGAGAGAAACACGAGCGGCGAACCAGACGAGCGAAGCAAAAUCACCGCGAGAAAUCAACCACCGGAGGAGCAAACCGCUGCACGCGAGCAGGCGCGCCAAGGGGGGCGCCGAGCACACCCCGCAGAGGAGGAGCCAACCAGGGAGUGAUCACACCCUGGAGAGGAGAAGCCAGCCAAGGAACGAGCACACCCCGGAGGGGAGAAGCCAGCGGGGGAAGGACCCCUCCCGCGGGAGCGAAUCGGGGGAGUCCAACCUGGCCGGCAAGCCAGACGAUGCAGACGGGGCAGACAGGGCAGACGAACCGCACUCACCGGAAGGCAAUCGUGGCGGAGGAAGCGACGCCUUCAGCUACGAGUCCUACAACCUGUUUUACCCGGAGGGGGAGUCCUCGGAGGAGGGGAGAAGCAAAGAGGGCGCCCCCGUGACGGGGAGUGGCCAGGGGGGGGCGCGGGCGCACACGCCCCUGACUGGCGGCGGUGGUGCAGGUGAAGGCGAUGGUGAAGGAGAUGGCAAUGGUGAAGGAGAUGGCAAUGGUGAAGGAGAUGGCGAUGGUGAAGGAGGCGGCGAUGGCGGAGGCGAUGACAUCCAGACGAACGAGCCGCAUAGGGAGACGCAGCAGAGGGAAACUCAGCAGGGGGAAGGGGCUGGUGAGGGCCCCCCCCCGCGCAACAGCUACAACGCCAAGUUCCUGCAGAGGCACGAGAGGCUGAUGAGCGAACUGAGGGGGAAGAACAUUCCGGUGCGCGACCCCCUCAAGACGGAGGCGUACUACAUUAGGAAGCUGGCCCAGCGGGGGAGCCGCCACGGCUACGCCAGCGAGGGGGGGGGCAUCGCUGUGGCUAGCGGUGUGGCUAGAGGUGUGGCUAGCGGUGUGGCUAGAGGUGUGACUAGCGGUGUGGCUAGAGGUGUGACGAGCGGUGUGGCUAGAGGUGUGACUAGCGGUGUGGCAAGCGGUGUAGGAGGAGAGGCAGACGGAGAGGCGCACCCACGCGGCGACCCUCCCUCGGACCCGGAGGAGGACCCCUUCCAAGAUAAUCUAGACAAGCGGAGCAUCUACCCAGUGAUCAUCUGCCUGCAGUGGCUAAUAGAAAUGCUCAUCUACAAAAGCGAAGUGGUAAAGAAGCACAACGACGAAAUACUCACCUGCGUGUUUAAGUGUCUCCGAAGCAACGACAAGCAGGUGGUGCUCCUCUCCCUAACGGUCCUCUCGGCCAUGUGUUCCACCGUGGAAAAUAAGUUUCAUUUCUACGAGCAAGUGAGUAAAAAUCUGAUUGCCCUCUUUCGCAACGAUGACCAUUUGCUCAUUCACAAGGGGAAGGUGAUCGUCCAACACAUAACACGCUGCCUGAACAAUAAGAAGUUCUUUGCCUACCUCUGCUACUCUCUAAUUGGUGAGGAGAACGUCCCCUUUGUAAUGAAAUUCAUUCAAGUGCUAAGUUGGGUGCUUCUAACGUCGGAGGAGACCAAAUACUUAAGAAAUGCCCUUUUCCUUAAGAAGCAAUAUUCGCUCUUCUCCCUCAUUUUGAUUGCCUGGUUGAGGAACCCCAUUUCUUCCAUUUCGUUCCUCCUAUGGUUAGAGAAGUACCAGCUGGCCUACCUCAUCUGUUCCUACCUAUCCCUGUUGAGCCUUAAUUCUGAUUUCUACCAUCAGCUGGACAAUUUAAUUUUUCUUUUGGAGUCUCCCAUUUUUUCGAAACAGAGAAUGCACCUCGUGUAUCCCCAGAACUACCCCUUUUUAAUUAAGUCCCUCAUGAUCCUCUCCCUGAUGCUUCCCCUGAACACCUCCAACAACAUUUUGCAGAAGAGGCUCCAGAUGUCGCAGCUCUCCAUUUUGACCAACGGGCAGAGGCUCCCUCAUCUGUUCGAUGGGCGCGGUCAGCAGGGGCAGCAGGGGCAGCACGGUCAGGUGGAGCAGCACGGCCAGCAUGACCAGCUGGAACAACACCGCCUACUGGAACAACCGCCCCUUCUUGACCGACCACCCCUCCUGGAGUCACCCCACACGGACCACGCCAUCGAACUUCUAAAAAUGGAAGACGAAGAAGAAAGAAAAGAGUACAGCCUCAUCGAGGUUAGCGAGGAGGAAAGGUCCAAGGAGGAGGCCAAGUGGGACGACAAGUAUAAUUGCCUCUUGAGUGCCGUGCGGCAGAGGCUGGUCACCCAGGGCCUGCCCGACCAGCCCGCCGACGAGUGCACCGAAUUUGUGAACAUCUUCAAGACGGUUCUCCGCUCCAGCCACAUCGUCAAGUAUUACCUCUAG